AUGGCCAUCACGAACCCGACGCCCAACCAGCCCCAGCACGACGAGGACGACAUCGACGUACAUGAUGUGGACAACACCCUAGACGCCGAGGAGGCGGAAGAGAUUGUGGAGGACGAUGGCGACGUGCCCAUGGACUCAGACGACGAGGGUGACGAGGGUCGCCAAGAGAUGGAGAUGGAGAUCAACCUCCAAAACGACUCGGUCGCGCAUUUUGACGAGCACAAGGACAGCAUCUUCUGCAUAGCGCAACACCCCGUACACCACGAGAUUAUCGCGACAGGAGGCGGCGACGAUGUCGGCUACAUUAUCGACGCGUCUUCGGCGGCAGCGGCGCAACCGAGCAGCGACGGACAGCCCACCGAGCGCGAGGGCCUGAAGAGCAUCUUCACCCUAGACGGACACAAGGACUCAGUCAACGCCAUCACAUUCACCCAGCCAAAGGGACAAUUCGUCGCGACAGCUGGCUUGGACGGAAAACUGCGCGUUUGGCAGGGCGUCCCCGACGGCAAGAAGUGGAAAUAUCUGGCAGAGGCACAAGAGGUCGAGGAGAUCAACUGGGUUAUCCCCAACCCGUCGCCCGACCACCCCAACGUCGUCGCGCUCGGAGCCAACGACGGCUCAGUGUGGGUGUACCAGAUCAGUACAGAGAAGAACAACGAGCUACAGGUCCUACAAGCAUACUACCUCCACACCGAGACCUGCACUGCCGGCACGUGGUCGCCCGACGGCUCGCUCCUCGCUACCAUCUCCGAAGACUCGAGUCUAUACGUGUGGGAUGUCUUCGGCGAUGCCGCAUCCCAAGGUCUUACCGCGACGACCGAUUCGCAAGCCGUGGUAGGCCUGACAGGUCUGGACGAGCGCUUCCGCGUUGAGGGCGGACUAUACUCAGUCGGCAUCCCGCCCUCGGGCGCUUUCGUCGCAGUCGGUGGCCCCGAAGGCCAAAUUCGCAUCGUCGGACUCCCCCGUCUUUCUCUCGCUGCGCCCGCGCAAGCGUCUACAUCAUCCAGCGGCGGAGGCGCAAAGAACAAAGCUGGAGGAGGCAAGCAGGCUGGCGCCAAAGGCGGUGCUUCGUCAGCUGGUCAAGCCGGACAGAUCUUGGCGAGUCUCCAAGCUGGAAGCGACAACGUCGAGUGCAUGAGCUUCUCCUCUGCACCACUCACACUCAUGGCCGCCGGCAACGUCGACGGCUCCAUCACCCUCUUCGACACCGCACACCGCUUCGCCGUCCGAAGGCGCAUAGAAGACGCACACGCCGACGACGAGUCACCACAAGCUGUCGUUAAGCUCGACUUCGUUGCCAAGGAAGGCCCCGGAGGUUGGCUGUUGACCAGUGUGGGAUACGACGGUGUUUUGAAGCGAUGGGAUGCACGAGGUGGAACAGCUGCGGCUGGAAAGGGCCUUGUAGGCGAGUGGAAGGGACACCGGGGAGGUGGUGAAGGAGGAGGUAUCAUGGCCUUUGUACAAGGAGAUGGUGAGACAGUCGUCACAGCGGGUGACGACCAUGUCGCGCUAGUUUUCAAGACGCCUUUGACCCAGUAG